AUGGCUACCGAAAGGCACGAGAAGGGCGGCAAGCUCGACAAGAUUCCCUUUGACAAGCUGCCCAUCGACAAGGAGACCUUGAAGCAGGAAUUCGACCUUUCCCACUUUGACAUCAACUCCGUCAUUCGCGGUGCCCAAUUGACGCUGGUCGGAGCUCAUCGAGCUCUCCAGAACCCAGCCAUCUUUACUUCCGACCACUAUCGACAAGCCGGCAUCGCCGUUCUGACCGGCUUGGCCAUCCGCCUCAUCAUCUCCGUCCCCAUCAUUGGCGUCAAGGUUCUACUGUGGUUCAUGUCCCUGAUCUUCAGCUUGGAUCAUGUCACUUGGGAUGACAAAAUCGUCGGAGGCCUCAACUUCAUUGAGGAAUAUGUCCUCCAAGUUCCCUUCUUUCUGAUGGCACUGAUGCGCUACGUCACUCCGACUCUCGACAAUAUGCAAACAUACGUCCAGAAGCACAAGCACGACGACCCCGACAAGCUACGAGACAUGUACUAUCCCAACCUGAAGCAGUACAAGGUCAGUGACGGCAGCACCCACUCCACGAGCACCGCCGAAGCCAUCAGUAUGUUUCUGUACCGCUUCGCCCGCAAGGGUGCCAUUUCUCUCGCAGUCUUCGCCCUCUCGUAUCUACCCGUCGUCGGCCGCUUCGUUCUGCCCGCCGCCAGUUUCUACACCUUCAACAAAGCUGUCGGUCUGGGCCCGGCCUCGGUCAUUUUUGGAACGGGUAUCUUCCUGCCUAAGCGUUACCUCAUCAUCUUUCUCCAGAGCUACUUUGCUUCCAGGAGUUUGAUGAGAGAGUUGCUGGAGCCAUACUUCUCUCGAGUGCACUUCACCAAGGAGCAAAAGCGUAACUGGUUCCGCAACCGUGAGGGGCUUCUUUUCGGCUUCGCCAUUGGAUUCUACACCAUGAUCAAGAUCCCCUUGGUCGGCGUCUUGAUCUACGGCAUUGCCGAGGCGUCAACAGCGUACUUGAUCACCAAGAUCACCGACCCUCCGCCGCCUCCGGCCCAGAAGGCCGUGUUCGCCGAGCGCCAGCAAGAAUGGACUAACAAACACGAGUUCCUAAACUUAUCUCUUGCUAACCUGGAUGCCAUCCACAACAAGCCGCAUGAGACGCAGGCCGGGGAGGAGACCCGAAAACUGCAAUAA